ACUGCUAAGCUGCAGACAACUGCAAUGGAGACUCUUAGGGAAAGCCAGCCAUUGGGCUUCCUCUGCCUUGCCUUGCUGUUGGGGGGGCUGACUCCCCCUAGUGUUGCUCAGUACCAAUGGUGGCCCUUUGCAAAUCCGAAGGCUAGGACCACACCUGCUGUGAUUACCCAAGAGACAAAAACUGAUGUGAAGGAGUUUUCUGUCCCUACGGUCCUGAGUAGUUCCAGUCCUCAUAGCACACCAGAUACAAUUGUACAGGAAGCUACUACUACUGAACAAAUCCUGGAUUUGACAAGUUCAUCUGGUAUAACAAAGGAAGAUGCUUUUGAUAAUAGCCUUUCUGGUUCAGCCUUCUUUGAGGGCAGCGCUAUGGAAGAAGACUCUGAAUUCAUAAUUGUCCAGGGAGGUUCAAAAAUCUUGACAACUUCAGAUUACCAAUCCAUGAUCACUGGGGACACUAAAAUGACGCAGACCACAUCAGAAGUCCUCAUGACUUCGGUUCAGAAAUCCAAUAUCACAGGGGAUUCUAUGGCAAGACCAAGUAACUAUACUUCACAGUGUGUCUGUCCAGCAAUACCUGGUCCACCUGGUCCAAAGGGAGAAAAAGGUGACCAGGGUCCCCCAGGACAAACUGGAAAAAUUGGGCCAACUGGUAAACCUGGCUAUCCUGGCGUCGCAGGACUUCAGGGAGUACCAGGGCCACCUGGGCCACCUGGGCCACCAGGUUCAACUCUUCCUAAACCCCUAGACGUCACUGAUACCAAGGAUGGAGAAGACAAGAGAGUCUGUUAUGUAGAAGGGCCUCCUGGUCCACCAGGUAUACCUGGUCAUCCAGGCCAUCCAGGACCCCAAGGAUACCCAGGACCCGAAGGCCCCCAAGGUCCAGCUGGCCUCCCAGGACAUGAAGGCCAGCAGGGUGCUCCGGGGCUUCCUGGGGCUCCCGGCCAGCCUGGUGCUCCAGGAGCCACAGGACCCUCAGGGAUUCCAGGGCCAGUCGGGCCAGAGGGCCCUCCAGGAGUCACUGGCCCUGAAGGUCAUGCAGGCAUUCCAGGCCAGAUUGGGUCACCAGGAUUACCAGGCUUCCCUGGACCAGAAGGUCCUCCAGGAGCAAGUGGAUCUCCCGGAAAGAAUGGAUCAAAGGGAGAGAAAGGAGAGAAAGGAGACCGUGGUGAACUUGGGUUGCCAGGCAAACCAGGACAAACUGGAGAAAAGGGAGCUCGGGGUCCACCUGGGCUAGUAGGUCCUCCUGGGUUACCUGGUGGUAAUCAGACAAGAGCAGAGUUGAAAUCCUCUGUGAAACAGCUGGAAAAGUAUAAUUCUGAAGUCAGUGUUCAAGGACCUCCUGGCCCUAAGGGUGAAAAAGGAGAACCAGGAAAAGUGGAAUCUAGCAGUUGCUCCAAGGAUGCAAGAAGUGACAUUGAUUCUUGGAUAGCCUUGAUCUACCAAAAGAAAUUCAAAGAAGAUCUAGAGACACGUGGUCCCAACCACGGACCUCCAGGCCUCCCGGGAAAGCCCGGCCCUCCAGGCCCCCCUGGACCACCCGGUGUACUUUAUUUAAAUAGAGUGUACCCAGUCCGACCCAGGCCACAUUGCAAGCAGCCGGUGAACCAGGAUCCAUGUUUUGAUUCAGAUAUGGAACAAUCUAUGAAGGAUUCUCCUGACAAAAGCCAGAAUGGAUAUAAGCACCCCACCUGGACCUUCAGUUCAAAAGAGCUCAUGCUGAAAUCUGCUUCUUCCAUUCCUGAAGGCAGUUUGGUCUACAUCACUGAAGACGGUGAAGCUUUCUUCAAGACCCCCAAAGGAUGGAAAAAAAUUGUGAUGGAGGAUUCCGCAUUUCAAUUUGCAGCUGAUGACCCUUUGGUGCCUAUGGUAAAUAAACAGCUUGAUGAAAGAACCAUAACAAUUCCGACAAUGGCACCAACAAGCAUCCCCCAGAGGAUUCCUUCACUCCGCCUAAUAGCACUAAAUUUCCCUUUGACUGGUAACAUGAGAGGGAUUAGUGGAGCGGACCUACAUUGCCAUCAGCAGGCCCAAGAGGCAAAUCUGCAAGGAACUUUCCGAGCCUUCCUGUCCGGAGAUGCCCAAAGCCUUAUCUCAGUUGUGAAGAGAACAGACAGGAAUUUGCCACUUGUUAACCUUAAGGGUCAGCUAUUGGCAAAGAGCUGGAAUUCCCUCUUCACUAAGCAUGGAAUUUCUGAUUUCAACACCAAGGAGCAUCCCAUCUAUGCGUUCAAUGGGCUGAAUGUCAUGACCAACUCUACAUGGAUCUACAAAGCUGUCUGGCAUGGCUUGACGCUUCAGAUAAACCAUUCCAAAACUCAAGACUGUGAAAGCUGGAGAAAAGCAUCCAAAUAUUUAAGAGGACAGGCCUCUGUUCCGCUUAAGGAUGUAUUCCUCCAGGAGACCAGCUGGAGAUGCUCAGAUCUUCUGAUAGUUUUGUGUGUGGAAAAUUCUUUUGGUAGCACCUAGAAGGAACAUAUUAUUAGUCUGGCAGGGAACAAAAGAAGGCCUUAGUUACCAUCGAGGUUGGAACAGAUUGAAUGAGAGAGGCCCAUGCAUUAAAGUAUUAGGAUGCAAAGCACAUGUUGGGAAAUGAAAUGUGUAAAAAACCAAGGCCACUCAUUAUCUUACUGAAAGCUGCCAGACCUUCUUGUCUUUUGGUCUCAGUGUAUAGAUAGAGACAUUUUUUUAAAAAAAUAUUAUAUUUGCAUAUACACAUAUAUUCAUAUAUAUAUAUAU